AUGGCUUUCACCCUAUCCUUCUCAUCAUCAUUAUUCUGCCUUUUGGGCAUCCUCCUCCACGGGGCAGCGGUGACAGGCGGGUGUUUUAGCGUGGAGAGGGAGGCGCUGCUGAACUUCAAAGUCCAAUUGUCCAAGCCCACGUAUGGGCUGGACCAACACAAAGCUGGUGUCAGAGACACUCGCAACCGGCUAUCUUCUUGCACAGGCCACCACUGUUGCACAUGGAAGGGAGUGGCCUGCGACACCACCACUGGCCACUUCGUCAUGCUGGACCUCCGGAACACAAAUACGUAUGAUCGGGCAUUAGUCGGUGAGAGGAUGAUGAACUCGUCAUUGCUUGCUUUAUCUCAUCUGAAGCACUUGGAUCUUAGCUUCAAUGAUUUCAGCGGGAUCCGCAUGCCGGAAUUCAUCGGCUCCUUCAAGAAACUGAGAUACCUCAAUCUAUCUUUUACAUAUUUCAUGGGAGGAAUACCUGAUCGGCUGGGGAACCUUUCGAGCCUCUACGUUCUUGAUCUAAGCGAUGCUUUAGAUUUUGCAUCCCAUGUUGACAACCUUGAUUGGCUCUCCCAUCUUACGUCCUUGAAGCACUUGGACAUCGGCGGGUUGAACCUAACCGAUGUCCCAGAUUGGUUCUCAUCGGUGAACAUGCUGCCUUCCCUCCAAGUCCUAAGUAUGUCUUCCGUUGGUCUCGAUACCAUCCCAGCUUCUGUUGUUCACGUCAACUUCACCUCCUCUCUUACUGUCCUUCAUCUCUCCUAUAAUAAUUUCGACUCCACCUUACCCAAAUGGUUGUGGAUUAUUAGUGGUCUUACCCAUCUUGAUCUUCAUGAAUCUGUGUUCUAUGGGGUUAUUCCUGAUGCAAUUGGAGACUUGGGCUCUCUUACUUUUCUUGAUCUAGGAGUCAAUCAACUCGAGGGUACCGUACCGAGAUCCAUGGCUGAUCUCCGUAGACCGAAAGAAUUACAUAUGAUGGGCAACCAAUUGACAGGAAAUUUGAGCGGUUGGCUGGAGCAAAUGACGAAUCUCAUCAUUUUGGAUCUCCGAUCUAAUUUAUUCAACGGUUCCAUGCCUUCCUCCGUUGGUAAGUUCUCUAAUCUCACCGAAUUGAAUCUCGCUGGAAAUUCUAUUGGAGGUGUCCUUUCAGAAGUUCAUUUUGAGAAUCUUACGAGAUUGCAAGUGUUGGACUUGUCUGGCAACCCCAUCACCAUAUCAAUUGGCCAGAGUUGGGUUCCCCCUUUCCAACUCAGAUUAGUAUAUUUAACCAAUUGUCAGUUGGGACCUCAAUUUCCAGAGUGGUUGCAGUUCCAAACAAAGAUGGAAGAAUUAUAUUUGGCAGACUGUAAAAUUGCAGGGACAAUGCCCGCUUGGUUUUGGAAUAUUUCAUCUUCUACCAUCAUAUUUUUAGACCUUUCCAACAACCAAAUAGGAGGGAAGCUGCCAUCUUCUUUAAAGUUCACCAAGGCAAUUGCCGAUAUGGCCCCAUGUUCACUCGGUGGCACUCUCAGACAACCUGCUUGA